AUGAAAACCACGAUCUUGUCGCUCGCCUUCGCCCUCAGCGCUGCCGUGUCCGCCGUCCCAGCUAUGCAGGCUGCGCUCGAGCUCGCCGUUCGCGACACGCCCACCAGCACCAUCGAUUGCAACUUCUGCACCGGCAUGCUCGACUUCUGCCUCAAGAACGGGCACACUCGAGGCCAAGAAGGAUGCAAGCAGAGCUGCCGUGAGCACGUGUGCCACCGUACUCCUGAGUGUAAGAAGUGUCAUGGCGAGUUCGACAAGUGUCCGGAGAAGUCGCGCUAUCUUAAUUAG